AUGGACACCGCAGAGAAACUUGGCCGCAAGAAACUUGGCCGCAAGAAACUUGGCCGCAAGAAACUUGGCCGCAAGAAACUUGGCCGCAAGAAACUUGGCCGCAAGAAACUUGGCCGCAAGAAACUUGGCCGCAAGAAACUUGGCCGCAAGAAACUUGGCCGCAAGAAACUUGGCCGCAAGAAACUUGGCCGCAAGAAACUUGGACGCAAGAAACUUGGACGCAAGAAACUUGGACGCAAGAAACUUGGACGCAAGAAACUUGGACGCAAGAAACUUGGACGCAAGAAACUUGGACACAAGAAACUUGGACACAAGAAACUUGGACACAAGAAACUUGGACACAAGAAACUUGUACAGCAGAAAUGUUCUGUUUGUAGAGAUGUCGAGGAGCAGACAGCUUGCGAAUUGCAAGGCAGAUAA